CCUUGUGUUUUUCUGAGACCUCUGUGGUGGAGACAAGGGUUGUAAAUAUCGACUAUGGUCUUUAUUACUUUAUGUCAUAACUGGGAACUUGCAAGCAAAUCCAAGAUGGCCGCUCGCGUAAAUCCUUUAUCGCUUGCUCGCCAGCUUACGCACCAACAACGUGUCACCAGGCUUUAUAGAAACUCCUUAAAGCAUUUAUUAUCAUGGACCAUGAGCCGUGAAAUAUGGAGGCCGCAUGCUGUGGUAAUGCGUUCUCAGUUUGAUGAGAAUAAACAUUUGACUGACCGUGUACAAAUUGAAAAGGUUCUUCAAGAGGCUGAAGCAAAAUUCGAAUAUUUUAGGCAUCCAGCACCUUACAUUUCACCUAAAGCACCAGGCGGCUCAAAAUUCGAACGAAAUGUACCACCUCCUCCAAAUGCUUUAGAGAUGCUACCAAUGGAAGAGGAAUGGUACAAAGAAAUGAUGGAUUGGGCAAAUGGCAAAGAUUAAUAAAACUGUUGUAAAUUAUUAUUCAUUUCUUUGUGUAUAAAAAUUAUUUCUACAAAAAAAGUUACGUAAUACGUUCCUCGUCCUUGCGAUAUAAAAGUCAAACAUAAUAAAUACUGCGUUAAUGAGUUUUAUCUCCUCUAUUUUGUUUACAUAUGAAAACUUUAUCAAUCUCCUUUUUCUUUAUACCAAAUUACAGACAGUAAAAGAAAUUAUUAUUUGAGUGACGGUCCAUGUCAAAAAAAAAAUUCUUGUUUUCACUGUAAACAUAAUAUUUUUGAGGAUUCUGCUAAUUAUGUCUCCACGUACUGGUAUAUCUUCUGCAACAUAUGCGGCGAGGGAAAUAAUUAUAGUUUAUAAGUUUCAUGAAAAUCGACUGUUGUAACAAAGUAACAAAAUUUUCCCAUGAAAAUUGAAAAAGAACUAUUUUAUCAAUGCCAUAUGUCAUCAUUGUUAAACGCUACAGGAUUUUCUUGUUAGUUUUAUGGAAAUAUUUUUUUAAUUGUAUGAAGUUAAAUAUUAUAAAAUAUAUAGCAGUUGCUAUGUAAAUGUU